UAUAGGAGACUGCUGACUCGCUGUGAUUUUGCAGAGUUUUGCGAGGCAGAGAAAGAAUGAUUGAAAUGGGAAUUGGAAGUUUCUGCUCCAUUUUUUUUAAUUAUAAUUUGCCCAUUUUUAAUUCAUAUAGGUUGGAGGAGCCGUAAGAAUUGGUUGCUCAGUUUGAUGCGUAAGUUGUUGAUUUUUUAAGAUAACAGUCCGAAUCGGUAGCAAUACCCCUCUCAACCAUUUCUGUAUGUAAAAUUGAAUUUGAAACUGAAGGAAGAAUUUCUUGCCUUCUGCCUCAUAGUUUGUGGUUAUAUUCAAAACAAAAAGAAAGGAAGUUUUGAAUGUGCCUGCCUGCCCAUCUUCAUAUUCGCUUAUUUAAGAUUUAUUUGUAUCAACAAUCAAUAUGGCAUUGAAAUAUUCUGGUUUGGUCUGGAUGCCUGGGAAAUUAUAUGUUAAUUCAGGGCUUUGCUGAGUUUGAUGUAUUGUUAAAUUGGAUGGCUAUUUAUCAGAUUAGGUAAGUUGCUUGUGGGAAUGCGCAUGAAUAAAUUGCAUUUCUCUAUCCUUCCAAAGCACAUUUCCAAUGGUUUACUUGCGAUUAUACAAUGCGAAUUGUAUCCACUGCUAAUCUCAAUUUCAGAGCAUCAUGUAGAGAUGGUAAUUUGAACAAGGUGUUGCAAAAUCUGCUUACUUCAUACGCCUUCCCUGUAAACUCCUCUACAUUUUUUCAACUAUUGAAGACCUGCAUUUGCAAGGAAACCCGUUCAGAUUGUAAGCAAAUCCAUACCCACAUCAAUGAAAGGGGGUUCAAGACGGUCAGACACAAACUUUUGCAAGAUACUCUUAUACGCAUGUAUGACAGGUGCGGGAGUUUAGUAGAUGCGCGCGAAGUGUUUGAUCAAAUGACUGAACGGGACGUCAUCUCAUGGAAUGCGAUCAUUGCAGCUUAUCGAAGACAUGGAUUUCCUCGCGAGGCGUUGACACUGUUUCACCAAAUGCAACAAACAGGUGUCCAACCCGAUCAGUUCACUUUUGCCAGCGUACUCCCAGCUUGUGCAAAAGUAAGAGGUUUGGAAGAGGGUAUGGACAUUCAUCAAAGCAUAAUUGAAAAGGGAUUUCUAUCGGAUGCUGUGGUUGGGAAUGCUCUGGUAGAUAUGUACGCAAAAUGCGGAAGCAUACACAAGGCACAUGAACUGUUUGAUAAAUUAGUUCAAAAAAAUGUGGUCUCAUGGACAGCAAUGGUUGUAGGAUAUGUACGAAAUGGGUUUCAUGAAAAAGCAUUGGAAACCUUCAAGCAAAUGCAAUUGGCUUGUGUAACACCAAACUCCACAACCUUUGCCAGCAUCCUCCCAGCUUGUGCCAAAAUGGGUGCUUUAGAACAGGGUAUGGAUAUUCAUAAAAGGAUAAUGGAAAGAAAAUUGUUAUGGGAUGUUGUAGUUGUGAAUGCCCUGUUAGAUAUGUAUGUAAAAUGUGGAAGCAUACACAAGGCACGUGAACUGUUUGACAAAAUGUCUCAAAGAGAUGUCUUCUCAUGGACUACAAUGAUUGUAGGAUAUACACAAAACAAUUCUGGGGAGCAUGCCCUGGAAACUUUUAAACAAAUGCAAUUGGCAGGUGUAAAGCCAGAUUUCACAAUCUUUGCCAGUAUCCUCCCAGCCUGUGCCCAACUAGGGCUUUUCGACCAGGGUAUGGAGAUCCAUCAAAGCAUAAUGGAAAGGGAAAAUUUGUCGGAUGUUGUAGUUGCAAAUGCUCUGUUAGAUAUGUAUGCAAAAUGUGGAAGGAUUUGCAAGGCACGUCAAAUGUUUGACAUAUUGUCUGAAAAAAAUGUAGUCUCAUGGAAUGCCAUGAUUGCAGGAUAUGCACAAAAUGGUGUUCUUGACGAGGCCUUAAAACUUUUCAUAGAAAUGCCUCAACGAGAUGUGGUUUCAUGGACUACAAUGAUCACGGGAUACGUACAGAAUGGAUUUAGUGAGAAGUCCUUCGAAAUUUUUAAGCAAAUGCUAUUGUCAGGCGUAAUACCAAACUCCACAAUAUUUGCCAGCAUCAUCCCAGCCUGUACCAAAUUGGGAUUUCCAAAACAGGGCAUGGAAAUCCAUCAAAAACUCGUGGAAAAGGGAUUUUUUUCAGAUGUUGUAGUUUCAAAUGCCCUCAUUGAUAUGUAUGCAAAAUGCGGAAGCAUACACAAGGCACGGGAAGUAUUUGAUAAAAUACAUCAAAAAAACGUGGUCUCAUGGACUACAAUGAUUGCAGGAUAUGCACAAAAUGGUGUUCUUGAUGAGGCCUUAAGACUUUUUGAAGAAAUGCCGCAAAAAAAUGUGGUCUCGUGGACUGUCAUGAUAGCAGGAUAUGCACAAAAUGGAUUUGUUGAGAAGGCAUUGGAAACUUUCAAGCAAAUGCAAUUGGCAGGUGUAAAAGCAGACUCAACAACCUUUGCUAGCAUCCUCCCAGCCUGUGCCAAAAUGGGAGCCUUAGAACAGGGCACAGGCAUUCAUCAAACUAUAAUAGAAAGGGGGAAUCCAUCAGAUGUUAUAGUUGCAAAUGCCCUAGUUGACAUGUAUGCAAAAUGUGGAAGCACACAGAAGGCACGUGAGCUUUUUGACAAAAUACCCAAAAAAAACCUGGUCUCCUGGACCACAAUGAUUGCCGGAUAUGCACAAAAUAGCUCUUGCGAUGAUGCUCUCAAAAUUUUUGAACUAAUGAAGAACUCUGGAACAUACCCUGACCAUGUGAGCUUCAUUUGUGUUUUAUUAGCAUGCAGCCAUGCAGGUUUAGUGUCUGAGGGCUGUAAACACUUCAACAGUAUGAGUGACUUUUAUUGCAUUGCACCUAGAAUUGAUCAUUAUGUGUGCAUGGUUGACCUUCUUGGCCGUGCUGGCCAUCUUGAAGAAGCUCUAUACUUAAUCAUCAAAAUGCCAAUUAAACCUGUGGUGGUUGUGUGGACAUGUUUACUUGGUGCCUGUAGAACACAUAAGAAUAUAGGGUUGGGAGUGUUUGCAGCAACUCUUCUUUUUCAUCUGGAUCCUAAAAAUGCUGCAACUUAUGUUCUUCUGUCAAAUAUAUAUGCAGAAGUUGGUGGGUGGGGAGAAGUCCAUAUAGUAAGAAAAUUGAUGAAAGAAAGAGGAAUUAAAAAGAUACCUGGGUGUAGUUGGAUUGAAGGCCAUAAGAUGGUACUCAUUUUUUGCAUAGAAGAUAGAUAAUACACCCCGAGAGACAUGAGGUCUAUGUAGAGUUGAAGAAUUGUCUCAGUGAUGAUGGCAGUACGGUUCUUUUCAAAUUCAAAGACGUGUACUAAAUGAGUGAGGAAGUGGAUGAAACAGAAUUAAGUGUUCUGCCACUGUAUUUCGAUUGUUAAAACACACCCCCCUGGAACAAUUGCAAUAAUUGUCAAGAACUUUCAUGUCUUUGUUGCAAGACAAACAAUUGUAAGAGAUGGGAAUGGGUUCUAUCAAUACACAGCGAAGCAAAAUCAGUAAGCAUAAGCUUACACUAAGCAAGGUGCACAAUGUCAGGCAAGCAGUGAUAAAGAAGGGAUCAGGUUUUAUGCCCAGUUGUAAAAAGUGUUUAUUCUAAAAAGCGGUGUCCUAUGAAAGGUGCUGUUGCUACUAUUUUUUCUGUGUGAUUGGUAUCGGGCAAUUUAUUUCUUGUAAAACUGCGAUGUAAAAAAUUGAGCCCUGAUACCAGUAAACCAGUUAAGUAUGUUGGUAGACAGUGUUAACAGUUAAUUCCUAUACCGGUAAAGAUUAAUACAUGAAACAUAAACACAAAGUCAUCCACAACACAUAACACCAAUCUUUGUACGUGGAAACCUUGUAAGGAGAAAAACCACGGUGAAAAACUUUACCCACAAUCAGAUGAUACUACUGCAGAUAGUAAG